UGAUGGUGGGAGGAGCACAGAGAGGCUGAUCCGGGCUGUCUUUGUGGUUGUCAGAGGCGAGCGGCGUUGACGGAGUUGCUGGUGAAGCUGGAGCGGACGGGAUGUUUCGUCUUAACUCACUCUCUGCAUUGGCAGAACUGGCUGUGGGCUCUCGAUGGUACCAUGGGGCAUCACAGCCCACCCAGACCAAGCGAAGAUUAAUGAUAGUGGCUUUUCUGGGAGCUUCUGCAGUAACUGCAAGUACUGGCCUCUUGUGGAAAAGGGCUCAUGCAGAAUCACCAUCAUGUGUAAACAAUCUAAAGACUGACAUUGGUGAUAAAGGAAAGAAUAAAGAUGAAGGGGAAGUUUGUAACCAAGAAAAAAAGGCUUCAGAUAAUGGUGUUGAGCCAUAUUCAGAAGAGAAAAAGAAGAAACGUUCUGGAUUCAGAGACAGAAAAGUGAUGGAAUAUGAGAAUAGGAUUCGAGCCUAUUCCACACCAGACAAAAUCUUCCGAUACUUUGCUACCUUGAAAGUAAUCAAUGAGCCUGGUGAAACAGAAGUGUUUAUGACUCCACAAGAUUUUGUGCGAUCUAUAACACCCAAUGAAAAACAACCAGAACACUUGGGGUUGGAUCAAUACAUAGUAAAACGCUUUGAUGGGAAGAAAAUUUCCCAGGAACGAGAAAAGUUUGCUGAUGAAGACAGUAUAUUUUACACCCUUGGAGAGUGUGGGCUCAUAUCCUUUUCAGACUACAUUUUCCUUACAACAGUUCUUUCCACUCCUCAAAGAAAUUUUGAAAUUGCCUUCAAGAUGUUUGACUUGAAUGGAGAUGGAGAAGUAGACAUGGAGGAGUUUGAACAGGUUCAGAGCAUCAUUCGUUCCCAGACCAGUAUGGGUAUGCGCCACCGAGAUCGCCCUACUACUGGUAAUACCCUGAAGUCUGGCUUGUGUUCAGCCCUCACAACCUACUUUUUUGGAGCCGAUCUCAAGGGGAAAUUGACCAUCAAAAACUUCCUUGAAUUUCAGCGUAAACUUCAGCAUGACGUUCUGAAGCUAGAGUUUGAACGCAAUGACCCUGUGGAUGGGAGAAUUACUGAGAGGCAGUUUGGCGGCAUGCUACUGGCUUACAGUGGAGUGCAGUCCAAGAAGCUGACCGCCAUGCAGAAGCAGCUCAAGAAGCACUUCAAAGAUGGCAAGGGUCUGACAUUUCAGGAGGUAGAGAACUUCUUUACUUUCCUAAAGAAUAUUAAUGAUGUGGACACUGCCCUGAGCUUUUACCAUAUGGCUGGAGCAUCUCUUGAUAAAGUGACCAUGCAGCAGGUGGCCAGGACCGUAGCUAAAGUGGAACUCUCAGACCACGUGUGUGAUGUGGUGUUUGCGCUCUUUGAUUGUGACGGCAAUGGAGAGCUGAGCAAUAAGGAAUUUGUUUCCAUCAUGAAGCAACGGCUGAUGAGAGGUCUAGAGAAGCCCAAAGACAUGGGCUUCACCCGCCUCAUGCAGGCCAUGUGGAAAUGUGCACAGGAAACUGCCUGGGACUUUGCUCUGCCCAAAUAGUAACCCAAAACUUCAAAAGGGUGCCAUCUCUUGCACCCCAAAGACCCCGGAUCCUCCAGAGCAGCCUCUGCAUAGCCCUUUGUGCUGCUGCUUUGGGGACUAGUGCUCCCUGCUUCCUGGGAAUGACCUCAGGGUUCCACUAGCUUCCCCUCUUCCCACUUUCCCUGUCCCAGAGCUCUGCUAGGCCCCUUCACCACCUAAAAAUCUUCCACACACCUGCCAGCCCUGGGAAACAGCCAGUUCUCAAAUCAUUUCUGCCAUGGGUUUAGAUGAACAAGAAUAUCCCUUGCUCUUCCUCCUGCUACUGUUUUUAAGUGGCAAGUUGGAAAAAUCAAGUCAGACAAGAAGUGAUGAAUGAUAAUGAAGAUGACCCCAGCAUCCUGAGUUGGCAGGAAGCCUGGCCUGAAAAAGAAUCUGUGUCAGACACAGGGCAGCUCUAAUAUUCCCAGAAGGCCUUGUGCUCAAUGAGAACAGAGUAGAAAUCCAAAUUUAAGUAGCUGCUUCA